AUGUUCCUGGCCCGUGUGGCACUCAUCCUCGGGACGGCCACGACCAUGGCCCGGGCGUCCCAUCAUCCCUGCCCACACUCCGACGGCCAGCACGACCAACCCGACCACCCUCACGCCCAUGGGGAUCGCCGCUCCCUGGCCCCGAUCCUCCCCGUACUCUCAACCCGCGCCCUCCCCAACAUUACAUUCAACUACUCGUUGACGGAUAUGGACACCAUCCUGACCUACACGCCCUCAUCGUCUGGUCUCUCCGCCUUAACAUGGGAGAACACCUUCUCCGAUUCGCCCAGACCUUCUUUACCCGGGCGUUCCAUCUUCGGCCGCGGCUCCUCUCUUCAUACGACCAGCAUGCCCGGCUCCACAGUUGGGUUCUACUUCUACGGCGACGCCGUCUACGUGCACGGUAACGCCAGCACUUCCGCCCGCAUCCGCCUCACCACCGACGGCGCCAACGCCGACUUUGUCCCUGCCACCCUCAAUGAGACGGAUAGUAUUGCGUGGGCCGAGGUCGAGGAGGGAUGGCACCACGUCAUGCUCAGCAUCCUUGACGGCGAGGUAUCUCUCGCCCGGGUCACGGUGCGCACGGGGAUGCAGACGCAGGCCCCAAACUUUGAGGCAGCCAAGACGAGAGAGGAGUUGUUCCUCACGGGUAGCGGAGACGGCACCCGCAACCCCUUCUACAGCAUGAGCGGCAAGUGGGACUCGUCGUUCCAGAUCGGCGGAAAUGACAACACCCCUCCGCAACCACUCUCCGUGCUCAACGGCAAGCCCGGCGCGUCUUUCAACGUUCGCGUGCCGGAUAACACGUCGUACCUCCUUCUGAACGGCACGUCGCAGCCGCUUCUGUCGUACUACACCGUCGCUCUGUCCCCACCUCUUCCAGGCUCUCUACCGGAAUCGACGUUCAACGCGCAGCAGGGCUUCUGCAACGGCGUCAACUUCUUCAUGACACCCCUCAACCCCGAGAUCCAGUACACGCUCGCGUUUACUGUCAGCGGGAACGUGUUAACCGGGCCGGUGGGCGUGCACUCCAUGACGUUCUGGAGUGCGUUGUGGACCAAGGACACGGACCCCAACGCCAGCACAUCAUCAUCAUCCCCCGGCGCUUCGGACACAUCGGGUCCUAGCCCCGCCCCGACUGGCUCUUCUAAGGGCGGUGGCGUAUCGCUCGCUGGGGCUAUUGCCGGCGGUGUCAUCGGAGGUGUUGUGGUGUUUGCGGUCCUCUUCGCCGCUUGGUUCCUCUACCGGCGCAGGCAGAGGAAGAUCCAUCACAAGCCCGAGGACAACCGCUUCGUGGUCGACGAGGUCGAAGAAUCGGGAGGCCCGCCUUACUACCGUGAGAGUAACGUUAACGGUCUGACACUAGAAGGCAUGGGCUCGGUCGCGUCUUCGAGACCAUCCCUCAUCAUCGACCCGUACCCGUACGACCCGGCGGCCCGCACUCCAUCCGGCACAGCAGGCGACUCUUCCAGGAAUACACAUCCUUUAGCAGUGUCGACGGUACCUCUUUCGCCUGGGGGAGCACCGCUUUCCCCCACCACUGUCGCCGGCGGCACUAUUGCAGCCUCGACGGUCGGCCCUCGGUCCGAGCGCGCCGCACACACCCGGCAUGGGAGCAAUAAUCGCCUCUCGCUAGCCACCCUGUCGCCAGAGGAGGAGGAGAUCCUCGCUGACCCGCGUCCGCCACACCCCGGACCAUCUGGCUCAUCCACAGUCUCUGAGAAGAGGGCUCUGCAGGCUGCUGCUCGCCGCCCACGAACGCGCACCAUGUCCCGCCCGGGCGACCAGGAGGUCGACGCCGGUCGAGUGAGAGACACUGUUCCCCCAUCAUAUGAUCCGAGCUGGGCGGGCGACUAUGCGUCGUCGCUGGCGAGCCGGAGCCGUGCCAACAGUUUCGGAGAAGGAGCAGUCGAGGGCGACUGGCGGGUGAGCCGGGGCAGCAUGGGGAGUAACGAGCUGGCCCGCAUCGCCAGCCUGGGCAAUGUCGCGGGCAUGCUCGAGCGCGAGUUAGAGCGGGAGCAGAGGGAGGGCAGGCUGUAA